AUCCUUUCUACCUGUAAUCCGACUAACGGGAUACAAAUCCAACUGACAGCUAUCUGUCAAAGUGUCAAAGCCUUGUUUUUGUCGUCGUGUCUCCGGUUCGAUUUUUGUUUACAAUUAUAUUUAAGCGUUCAAUUGUCAAUUAAAAUUAUAAUAAAUGUUAUAUAUCUCUUCAUAAUUAUGUCUACAAAAUACGGCACUUUUGAAGACGAGUAUGAUGUGUUUGAAGAAUUAGGAAAAGGACAUUUUGCUGUGGUCAAAAGAUGUGUGAACAAGACAACGUCCAGCCAGUAUGCAGGCAAGCUCAUCCGCAAGAAGCGGGUCUGUCGAGGCGUUUCCCAUGGAAGAUAUCGAGCGAGAGAUCAAUACUUUGAAAAAAACUUGAUCACCCCAACAUAAUUCGAUUGCACGAGGGUCUUUGAUACUG